UAAAGAUGAUUAUUACAUUUUUAUAUUAGUUCUUAGUUCUUAACCUUGUCUUUAUUUUUUUUACAUAAGCUUUCUAAACUUUCUUAGUUCCUAAUGAAAAUGGCAGCUCUUCUGAGUCUGAGACAUACAAGCAUGAGCGUUUCCAAAGCAAAUACAUUAAUUAAUAUGCCGUAUGUCAAACAUUUUAAGCAUUCAUACUUUAGUUCAGGACCUCAAGUUGCGCUAUGUAAGUGCUUUGAUAUUAAUUCAAUGCUUCGAUCCUGUAUGUGUGGUGGAAGACUUCUUUCGACUCGUUCAGAAACCAGAACAUUGCAUCAGCUGUGUCCCGAAAAAGGCUACAGAUACAAAUGGUUUUCUAAAGAUCUAACAAACAACACUAAUUUAAAGUCCAGAAGAUUUGUUUCGAAGUUAACAUCUUAUUCAGUUCAUAAACACUCCAGGUCUGUUACUAAUUCUUCAGCUUUAUUGCGUUCAUGUAACAAUUCAAUUCUCAGUAUCAGUAGGAAUCCUACUGCUACUUUCACAAUUAGAAAUAUUUCAACAGCCUCAUCCCUUAAACAAAAAAAAAAUGAUGAUGACGAUGGAGAAAGUAAAUUUAAGGAAUCAGAUUCUCAAGCAUCAGUAACAGAGGAGCCACAACAAAUGGUGAACAACUUCAAUCCCAUUGGGGCAUUAACCACAAUGUCUGUGCCAGAAUUUCUUCCUAUUGUUCCAGUCAUUGCAAUAAGUAGAAACCCUGUCUUUCCAAGAUUCGUCAAGAUGAUAGAGGUAUAAACAUUUAUAAACAUUUUAACUAGUAUUAGUAAUGAACUUUUAAAAUCAUGAACCCCAAAAAGACAUUUAUUUAAUAAUGUCAGUGACACAUUGACAUUAUCAUUAUUGGCAAAGAUUUAUCUUAAGUUUUUACCAAGUAAUUACAAAGUCAAUAAGUAUAAGGGUCUCUGAUUUCUGAGGGCUCAUUUUGUUUUGAAUUUAUGCGCAAUAUAUUCUGAGGUCUCAUUUUUUUUUUGAAUUUAUGCGCAAUAUUUUCAAGAGUUCCUUGAAGUCAACAUGCCAAUGUCAAUAGAUUACCACUUAAUCUUAAGAAAAUAUAAAAAUAAAUGCAUAUUAUUGCCAUGUGCAGUAUGUAAAAAAACCCACAACUAUGCAGUGAAGGGGUAGAAAGGGAUCAUGCAGGUAAGGGUGACUUCAGCUGGUCAUCGGAUCGUGUUGUGUAUUUGAGUAAUACAAUAAAGCAGGAUAAUUAGAUACAUUUUUUUUUUUUUUUUUUUGUGUGUGUCAAUUUUAAAACUUUUUUUUUGAAUAAUUACACCUGUAUUUCACACUUAUAGGGUACCCUAUCGUUUAGAAGGGAUCUUGAUUUACUUUCCCAAAUAUUUCUGCCCUAAGUUUUUGAGUAAUACAAUAAAGCAGGAUAAUUAGAUACAUUUUUUUUUUUUUUUGUGUGUGUCAAUUUUAAAACUAUUUUUAUGAAUAAUUACACCUGUAUUUCACACUUAUAGGGUACCCUAUCGUUUAGAAGGGAUCUUGAUUUACAUUCCCAAAUAUUUCUGCCCUAAGUUUUGUUUAUUGGCAGUAAAUAUGGUAAAUAUUUUUGCAUAUGUAAAACACCAAUGUCAAAAUCUGUGUGUGGAGAAUGUACAAUGGUUUAUAUUUUUAAAAAAUAUCUUCGAGCUAGGACUAGUCACUAUGUUAUAAAGUAACAGCGGAAGUGAAAACAGGAUUAGGUCACUACUUGUCAUAGUGCUCUGCAUAUAGUGAAAGGAUAAAUCAACUUGUUUUUUUAAAAUUCAUAGCUCAAAAACUACUACUAAAGCUAGAUAGUUAAUUAUGUUUGUUUCAUUUUUUAAAUUUAAACUUUGCUCAUACUAUUAUAUAAAAUUAAAAUAAAUUUUAAAAGUAGACCUUAUUUUAAUAUUUAAAUCUUGAAAUUUCAAUGGGCAUCUAAUUGAAAGUGAUAGAUAUAAACUUGUCCUUUGGUUCUAGUCUACUUAAAAAAAAAUUAAAUAGGGUAAUUAGGACUUAUAAUACUAAAGACAGAAGAUGCCCUUUUGCAUGCAUCAUACAUGUAAAACAAGAAAUUAUGAUACCGGUAAGUUGAUUACUUUAUUACAUUACAUUAAACACUUAUAUUACUAUGUAUCAAUAAGCUAUAGGUUUUUAUUGACAUUUUCAUAUAAAUAUCAAAGUCUAGGGCCUGAAUAUUAUUUACUUUACAGGUUACUCAUCCUGCAUUAAUGGAGCUUUUGCGAAGAAAGAUUAAGUUUAACUUGCCCUACGCUGGAGUCUUUUUAAAGAAAGAUGACAGGUAAAGAUUAUCUAAUAAUUGUAGAGUAACUUAUAUAUUUUGUCAUAGAUAAAUCACUGACUACUAUAAAAGAAACUUGUAAUCACUUACCAUAUUUUAUUUAAAUAAACAGUAAUGAAUCAGAUGUCGUUGAUCACCUGGAUGAUGUAUACAGAGUGGGAACCUUUGUUCACAUCACAGAGAUGCAUGAUCUGGGGGACAGACUUCGCAUGAUAGUAAUGGCACAUAGGAGGUAAUGACUUUUAAACAAUAACAUCUUAAAUCUAAAACAGGUUGCUAUUUUACUUAAAAUUUUUAUUUUGUCUUUUUUGUGUGUCCAAUUCAGCUGUCAACGUAGUUGAUAUUGUUCUGGAGUUAAGUAUGACAUUGUCUUAGAAGUUUAGAUAAUGUUGGUUCCAAUAGAUUAUUUAGUCAUAUGGUUAAUUUUAAAAGCACUAUAUCUCUUCUGUUCAUUUCAAUAGCAAAAAAAAACCUCUUGGAUUUAGUAUUCAAAAUUAUUAGCUUUUUAUGCAUUCAUUUUCUAAUGUGUGCCUACAGUAAAAGUUUUAAAAAUAAUAUGACACUCAUUAUGUGCAUGGUAAAAAAAUUGAUUGCAAUUAUUGCUUUAAACAUAAAUGAUUCUGCUGAUUUAAUUUUUUUAUGAUUGUGGGACAAUGUAAGUUUUCUCUGCCUCAGAAUUGGACUUUUGUAAGGGAGAAAUUUCAUCCUAUGAUACAUGUUUAAGUCAAAAAACUAUAAGUAUGAAAAUUAAAGAGAGAAACAUUUUUUUUUUGAAUUUUUAAAAAUAUCAAGCUUUCACUGAAGUGGCAUUGCCUCAAGCAUCAGUGGGCAUUGAGAAUUCAAUUAAUUCAUGUUACAGGUGGUAGUUCUCAAUUCAUUUAGGCACCUUUGAUUUACAAAUAUUCGUUAAAUAAACUACCCAAGCGUAACUUCUUUCUGUUUAAAUUUUUUUUUUUUAAACUUUAUUUUGCGUUUGAAGCAUAUCAUUUUAAUGAAAUGCACAGAUUGAAUAUUUAAUUCAAUUUUUUUAAUAUUUAAACAUGACCCCUGGCAUAAAGAAUUUCAUCACAUAAUGCAAUGAUUGCAUAUUUAGUUGGUUUUGAGACAGAACGAACAAAAACCCUAAAUGAAUUACCUUUAUGAAUGGAACUCAUUUGUGAACUGAAAACUGCCGGUAUAUAACUGAAAACUGCUGGUAUAUACCUGAAAACUGCUGGUAUAUACCUGAAAACUGCUGGUAUAUAACACAUUUUUUUUAAUUGCAUGAUAACAACCUGUGAAUAUGAUUUUUUUUCUUUUUUUCUCAAUCCUAGAAUAAAAAUAACUGAUCUCGGUGUGGAGGAAGAUACCGAUGCUGUACAAGACUCAGGUUGGUCUAUUAUUUUAUGUAAACUGAUGAGUUUUAAAUAGCUGCUUUAUUAAGCAUAUUUUUUGACGUAAGACAUAUUAUUCUCUUUGUUUUUAAGCUCUGUUCCGUCAGCUAAGCUUUCUUAAAUUGUUACAAUUUUAUCAUAACUCUGAAAAAAGAGAAAUUUGAUCCCUAAUUUAGCAAAAUAAGCAAAGCAUAUUAAAUUCACCAGCUCACGAUAAAGCUAAACGAAAAAGUAGGCGUCGAAUUGGAAAAAAAGAAUCAGAAACAAAAAAAAAAGAUGACGCCGCUCCUUCAUCACGUACCACAGGAUCAUCAUCUUCAGGUUCAUUUUCAAUAGGGAGUAUUUUUGGAGCGUCCAAAGACUCCAGUCCCAAGAAAGCUAAAGCACCUAGUUCACCAUCACAUGUUCUGCUUGUUAAGACAGAGAACAUAACUCAUGAACAAUUUGAAAGCAGUGAUGAAAUCAAGGUAAAUAGUUUUCUGUAUUUACUCAAGUUUGGUUCUUAUUAAUGAGCUCAUUAUAUAUCUAAAAAAAAAUAUAUCUUUUUGUUUGAACAAAAAUGCAAAUUAAAUAAGAUUUUCAAUGCUUUUCCAAGUUUAUCAAUCAGGAUGUGAAACAAAUGUUUACAAUUUCAAUAGAUGUUCAACAAUUUUCAACUGAGUUUUUGUAAGUGCAUUAAAAAAAAAAUCAGUGAUGAAAGCAAACAAUAAUUAAGCUCAAACUGAAAAGUCAGGAAGGCUUGACUUUAAUUUUCAAUAGAAAAGGAAAUGAAAGGAGAACCAAACUAUUACUCAGUCAUUUGGUUCACAUUCAGAAAAAGAAAGAGGUAACACACAUAUCCAUCUCUCCAAUAGAUACUGGUAUUUUAUUCAUUGUCAUUCAAAGAAAUGAUGCAAACACACUUUACCCCUCUUACCUUUCCCUAAUGGGUUUAUUAGAUGGAAAUUAUCUUAAAAAGAAGUAAUUAGAGUUUCACAUUAACUCAUCAUCUUUGAAAGGGAAUUAACAUAAAUAUUUUUUAAUUUUUAUAUUUUUCAGGCAUUAACAUCUGAGGUUGUAAAAACAAUAAGGGAUAUCAUUGCCAUGAAUCCUUUGUACAGGUCAGCAUAAGAAACUAUUUGAUUUCUUCUAAUGAUGUUUGAUUUGUGGUGUUCUGUCUGUUUAUACUACCUUUGAGUAAAGGAAAAAUGUAUUCAUUUUCCUUAUUGAUUCCACAGAGAGAACCUGGCACAAAUAAUCCAGGCAGGACAGAGAGUGAUAGAUAACCCAGUUUACAUCAGUGAUUUGGGUAAAUUUUCCUUGGAUUUUUUAUUCUUAAUUAACUGCUGUUUAUUCAGUAAUGUCUUUAAAAUACAUCUUAAGUUUUGAAGUUAAGAUAUGUUAGUUCAUCGUCUUGUUUGAUUAAACUAUUAAAAAAAUAACUGAAACAAACUAUAUAUGCACUGAAUUAAAUUUAACUCUAUUUUCAUUUUAAAAAUAACUCUUUUAUUGCCCUCUCCAAAGGUGCUGCGCUUACUGCAGGUGAGCCACAUGAGCUGCAAGAAGUGUUGGAGGAAAGAAAUGUAAGGAGAUAAACUUUAACCACUUUACAUUUUGUCCAACUACUCUUUUCUAAGUUACGCACAUAAACCAAUGCCAUAAUUCAGAAGAAAAUGUAUAAAAAUUAUGACACUCAAUUGUAUCAUUAGAUUUGACUUUUUUAUUUUUUUUUAUUUCGGUGAGUAUUUUAAUUUAUGACAACUGAGAAGUGGGACUAGGUACAUCACAUCAACUAUGAAAGUUUGAUAAUUUUGAUUUUGUGCCAUAGCUGUCUUGUUUUCCGAUAAUUUUAGCUUUUGGUUCAUUGAACAUUAUAAAACUUCCUAUUUAUAGAUAGCCAAGCGGCUUAUGUUAGCACUGUCCUUGCUAAAGAAAGAAUUUGAGUUGAGCAAAUUGCAACAGCGUAUUGGAAAAGAAGUUGAGGAGAAGGUGAAGAAACAACACAGGGAAUAUAUUUUACGAGAGCAGCUCAAAAUCAUCAAAAAAGAAUUGGGUCUUGAAAAAGAUGACAAAGAUGCCAUAGAUGAGAAAUUUCGAUCACGGCUGAAGGUGAUUUUUGCUUUCUACCUUUAUGAAUGUUUCAAAAGUCUGAUAUUUAUUAGCUGAAGUAUUAAUAUUGAAUAUUCUCCAUCAGUAUCAGUCAAGACUCCCUGGAAGUUAACACGAUUGUUGGCAUUGGAACAAUUUUUUUUUUCUCUCUGUUUAUUGAGAAGUUGAUAUAUCUGAAUUUUUCAUUUGAUUUCUGUUUUAUAAUAGUGAAGCACGUUGAAAAGUGUUGUUCCAAAAUAUCUUGAUAUUUUUUCGUUUUUGUUAUUGAAGGAGUUGAAUGUUCCACCGCAUGUGAAGGAAGUUAUAGAUGAAGAACUCACCAAGCUAUCACUACUAGACAAUCAUUCAUCUGAGUUUAAGUAAGUUAUAGAAGAAGAACUCACCAAGCUAUCUAUAAUAGACAUUCAUCUGAGUUUAAUUAAGUAAUUUUAUUGCCAUUGAUUUGUUAGCAAUUUUUUAUUACAAAUAAUAUAAUCAAUCUGGAAAUUUAAAAUAAAAAAAGUUGUUACAGCAGUCUUUAUUUUCCUAGUUGGUUUGAAUUUUUUAACAUGUGUAUUUAAGUGUCACACGCAACUACUUGGACUGGCUAACUGGACUGCCGUGGGGUAAAUACAGCGAGGAAACGCUCAGCCUAGAAAAUGCACAAAAGAUUUUGGAUGAGGACCACUAUGGCAUGGAAGAUGUCAAGAAAAGAAUUUUGGUAUGUUGAUCUUUUUAGCUAAUGUUUUCUUGACUUUAAUUUAGCUUUUUUACCUUUUUGUACACCUUAACAUGUUUUAAUAUUAAUUUCCAUGGACUGAUGAGUUUAAAUUUUUUAAAUAUAUUUUUUUAAAAAUCAUUAAUAAUAACAAAUAAUUUAUUUCCUCCAGGAAUUCAUUGCUGUCAGCCAACUCAAGGGUCACACUCAAGGCAAGAUCCUUUGUUUCUAUGGUCCACCUGGAGUGGGCAAAACUAGUAUUGCCAAGUCCAUUGCGAGGGCUUUGAAUAGAAAGGUAAGUCAACUCAAAGCAAGAUCCUUUGUUUCUAUGGUCCACCUGGAGUGGGAAAAACUGGUAUUCCAAGUCCAUUGCAAGGGCUUUGUGUAGAAAGUUGAUUGAGUUCUAUCAAUAUCAUUAGUAUUUUACUCUCUAGUUUUCAUUCAAGUAUCUUUGUGCUAAUUUGGAUUUGAUUUUGUGUCCACUCACAGGCCUUUUUCUCAGAUGAAAGCCGUUACAUUUGUAUAUCUUUUCUGCAACUAACAAAAUAAUAUAUGUUUGAAAGAACCAGCCAGCGUCAUAUCUUUAAAUGUUAAAAUAAAGCUUUUAUCUCAAAUAGUUUUCUGGUCCCUUCAUUCACUUCAAAAAUUCAGGCCUCUAAUAAUUGUAUUCUUUUAUAAACAUGUUAGCCUGCUAAACAUUAUAAUUAAUAAAUAAUUUGUUUAACCUUUUGUACAAACUAUUUUCCUUAAAACUUAGUGUAUUUGUUGUUGGAAAACAUUCAUUAAAAUGGAUGGAAAUUAUAUGACGUACUGUUAUAUGAACUACUAUUAUAUGACCUACUAAAUACAUUGUGGUUUAUUUUCUUUUGCUUACAGUAUUUUAGAUUCAGUGUUGGUGGUAUGACAGAUGUUGCUGAAAUCAAAGGUCACAGGUUUGUAGAGGCAUUAAAAAAAAAAUGUGUGAUGUGUUCAAGAAAUGUAUGUUUUCUGCCACUGUCUAUAUCAAAAUGUAUCACUAUGGUUUGUUGUAUGAUUCAUUGAAACACCAAUUUUUGAUGAAUGUGUUGACAAUUAAUCUCGGGGUAUUUGUUUCUGAUUGAAACAUUACAGUGUAUUGAGCAUUUAGGACCUUCCACAUGCAUCAUCUAAUGACAUCAUUGUGUCAUCUGCAGGAGGACAUAUGUCGGGGCCAUGCCUGGUAAAAUGAUCCAGUGUUUGAAAAAGACCAAAACUGAGAAUCCACUAGUUUUGAUUGAUGAAGUAGAUAAAAUGGGUCGUGGCUUCCAGGGGGAUCCCUCAUCUGCUCUACUUGAACUAUUAGAUCCAGAACAGAACCAUAAUUUCUUGGACCAUUAUCUGGAUGUUACAGUUGACCUGAGUAAGGUAAGUUUAGAUGAAGCUUAUAUGUUGUUUAAGUUGUUUUGAAAACACUAGUAGAAUAUAUAAUAUGUUUUGUAUUAUAUAUUAAUUCAAUUACCUCAUUUAUUUAGUCCAUGGCCAGUGAGACAAUUAACUACACACCUAUUUACGAAGCAGUUUUAAGGCGUUGCUUCCCUUAAUUUCAUAAAAAUAUUUUUGACAAGUCUUAACAUUAAUUUGAUAUUUUUGCAAUCUCAAUUCUGUUUCAGUUUUAAAAGUAGUUUUUUUUAAUAGUCUUUUUAAAAAUAACCCUAUACAAUUUUAUUUCUUUCAGGUGCUAUUUAUUUGCACUGCAAAUGUAAUUGACACAAUUCCAGAACCUUUGAGAGACAGAAUGGAAAUGAUUGAUGUUUCAGGAUAUGUGGCAGAGGAAAAAUUGGCAAUAGCUACUGUAAGUGCUCACAUCCAAUAGAUCAACCAAAAAUGGGGGAGGGGAGGGGGAUAGAUAUCAAUAUGUUACAUCCUUGGUUAUGAAUUUUAACUUACCAUUACCAUACUAUAUGUGGCUAUAAUAUAUCUAUAUAUUUAACUAGCAAUACCUGGUGCCUCAAGCCCUAGCCAACUCUGGAGUUGAUAAAAACAAGAUGCAUAUAACAGAUGAAUCCUUGAACACACUCAUCAAGUCAUACUGCAGGGAGAGUGGUGUCAGGAACUUGCAAAAACACAUUGAAAAGGUAUCAAGAAGUGUAUGCAAUUCUUUAGUAGUAAAUUAAUCAGUGGUUAUCAUUGGAGACUACCAGAAAUUUCCAGCAUUAUUCUGUUAAUUAAGCUAGGGUAAGGCUACAGGAGUAAACCCAAACUGUAAAAUUCAGGGUUGUAGUCCCGAAGUCGAUCUGACGGGUAAAGCAAAGUCAUUUCUGCUACUCCUGCAAUGCAGUUAGUGCCGUGUUGUAUUGACAGUAGUCAUUCCCUUGGAUCCAUUGCUGCUUGGAGAGUAGGGAUCUGCUGCAUUUGGCAACAGCUGGUCUCCAUAAAGCACCACCCGGGCUAACUGCUCUGGUGGCGACACUUCGAUGGGCCUAGUAAACCUUCUGAUGAAGUGUCCAUAACUACUCCAUUGCCUUCCUUUAUGGAAGGAUGCCAUAAAUAUUCUGUUGAUUUUUUAGUUUGUGCUAGAAAAAACUAUUUUUAACAAAAAUUGUUAUUUUAAAUAUAUGUUUAUUUCAGGCAAGCAUCCCAGUAAGAUGGUUGUGAAAUAUUGUCAAGAUCUAAACAUGAGUGCAGCAUGUUUUCUAAAACUAAUUGUUUGAAUCUUCCAUUAGAUCUAUCGUAAAGCAGCCCUGAAAGUGGUCAAAGAGAAAAUUGAAACCAUAGUUGUGGACAGCAGUAACCUGCAAGAAUAUGUGGGCAAACCUUUAUUUACACAUGACAGAUUGUAUGAGACCACACCACCAGGUGUUGUUACAGGACUGGCAUGGACAGCAAUGGGUAAGUCAUAUAAUCAUCUUCUCAUAGCAAAGUCUCAUUUUUUUUCUAUUUAAUACUCAAAUCUUAUCAGAAAUGCAACAAAUGCUUAUGAUGUACAUUCAACGGUAGGAAUUUUAAAAAGUUUAUUUUGAAUUUAUGUAUGUAAAAUGAAUAUCCAGUUAUCAUUGACCUAACCCAGUGGUCGGCAAAUCCCGGCUUGCGAGUGGCUCUGUAGCGACCUGAGUGCUGCUCAGCCAGCAGGCCACAAAUCGGUUUUGACUCUGAAAAACAUGGUUCUUGACAGGUUCUUGAAAAGAAAUUUGCCUCUCAAAAGUUUUUUAAUCAUCCUGCCGCUGAUUUUUGGCUCUUUUGACUAAUGAGUUUGCCGACCACUGACCGAACCAUUUAAUCAUCUGGCCAAUUGAAUGAUUCACUAGUAUUGAAUGGACACAAAGUUUGUCAGCAAUUAGAUCCACACACAAUAAUAACAGAUUAAUUACACUAUAUUAUUUGAAUUGCUAUUAGGAGGAUCAACUUUAUUUAUUGAAACUGCCUUGAAGAAACCUUUGAAAAGUGUGGUGAAAGAAGGAAGUGGUCCAGAAGUUGGUUCACUAGAACUGACUGGCAGUCUUGGUAACGUCAUGAAAGAAAGUGCUCAACUGGCUUAUACUUUUGCUAAAGCAUUUACCACACAAACGUUUCCAGAGAAUGAUUUUAUGCAAAAAGCACACAUCCAUCUGCACGUGCCUGAGGUAUGGAAUCUUGUUAAUUGAUGUGUCAGUACCACAUUUUUACACUGGAUAUAAUAGAACAUUUUAAUGCUUAAUAAAUUUGAUUUGGAAUAAUGGGUAUUCUCAUAUGUAUUUUUUGUCAUGUUUAGUAUUUCAAUGUGGUCAAAUAGAGAUUGUUUCAUCUCUUUUUUAAAUAUGGAUGACUUUGCAUCAUGCUUUGAGCCUCUGGGGAUGAAGCGUGAUUUUCAAAUAAGCUUUAUUAUUAUUAUUAUGUAUGGUAUGUCUUCUCUGACUGGAUCAUAGUUAACUAAAUAGUCAGACAACCUUGCAGUCUUGACAUAAUGUAAAUAUGACUGUCACGUACUUCAAAAGCUUGAUAACCUGCAUCCACAUGUCUCACUCACAAUAUAUAUAUUUAUAAAUAUAAACAUAUAUCAGCAUAAGUCCACCUUCAACAUAUUAUUUAUUUAUUUCACAAAUCACACAAUAUAGACUAAGUUUCACAUUUAUAAAUUAUAGCAUAAUGCUUCAUUUGAGUACAGUCUCAUGACAUUCCUUUUGAAUUAACUGCCACCUUUAAACUCAUUCCAAUAUCUCUUCUCUUUCAUUUCUGCCUUGUCUGUCUUUUUAUCUACCCUUACAUAUCCUUACUCAUAUACCACAUUGUGCUAUUUACUCGACGGUUAAUGUACAUCAAAUGUCUUUAUGUUACAAAUACAUAAACAUUUUGUGUCAUAUCAAGUGUUUUAUUUUUGUACUGCAGGGUGCCACACCUAAAGAUGGCCCUAGUGCUGGAUGCACCAUUGUAACAGCUUUGUUGUCCCUGAUGUUGAAUAAACCUGUAAGGCAAAACUUGGCCAUGACAGGGGAAGUCUCACUCACUGGAAAGAUUCUACCCGUUGGUGGAAUCAAGGAGAAAAUCAUAGCUGUAUGUUCUUUGCUGGUUUAAAUUUAUGACACUAAAACAUUAACAUUGAACACAUAAAAAUAGAGAAAACAAUAAAUACUUCUAUAACAAACACAUUGAACACAAUUGAGAUAACAAUAAAUACUUCUACAACAAACACAUUAAAUAUAAUAGAAAAAACAACAAAUACUUGUACAACAAACACAUUUGUAGUAAACCUAAUACACGUGAGAUUAAUUAAUGGGAAUACUAGGACUUGAGAUGAUUGAUCUGUUUGGAUUUGUAUCACCUUUACUGGCUUUUUGUUUGGACAUUUAGAGAUUAAUGCCCCGUUGAUUGACCCGAGAUUACCGUUUGGAUGAUAUCUCUCGUCAUGUGGGAUAACUCAUUCUUGUUCAUUUAUCUUUCAGGCCAAACGUGUUGGCGUGACAUGUGUGAUUCUUCCUUCUGAAAACAAGAAAGAUUUCUCUGAUCUUCCUAAAUUCAUCACUGAUGGAAUAGACAUUCAUUUUGUUGAAAACUAUCAAGAAGUUUUCAAACUGGCUUUCUCUGAUGUUUAAUCAGAAAUCGUGCUGGUGCUUGAUACGGUUGUAAACAGCACAGAUCAGUUGUACAAAAACAUUUUGUAUGUGUAUGAAAAGAAACCUUUUGUAUGUGUUUGAACAGAAGCAGCAAUUUUUUUCAACAGAAACAUUUGUACGAGUUUGAAAAGAAACAUUUCUUUCAUAUGUAUUUGAACAGAAACCUUUGGGAUGUGUUUGAACAGAAGCAGCAUUUGUAUGAGUUUGAAAAGAAAUAUUUCUUUCAUAUGUAUUUGAACAGAAACCUUUGGGAUGUGUUUGAACAGAAGCAGCAUUUGGUUUCAACAGAAACAACACUUUGUACGAGUUUAAAAAAGAAACGUUUCUUUCAUAUGUACCGGUAUUUGAACAUAAACCUUUUGUAUGUGUUUGAACAGGAGCAACAUUUGUAUGAGUUUGAAAAGAAACAAAGUUUUGUACUUUUUCGCAUAACAAUUUGUUUAUUGACAUAAGAGUGUUCACGUGAAAAUUAAUUAAAAUGUUAAAUAUUUGAUGUUGAUUCCCAGAAUAAAAAUGUUUGAUUA